AAUAUUAAUCAUCUUCAUACUCAAACAACUGCAUGCAGGCAAAACAGAAUCAUUAAUACAGGGCCAUUUAUUCUGCCGGUAGUUGGUGUAUCAGUGAGAAUGAGAAAAUAUAGAAACGCUGCUGUAUUCAUUAUCACCGUUGUCUUUAUGCUCUUGUUCAUGGUAUUUGUCUGGAAUCAUCAUGCCAUUCAAGUAUUCAGAAAACCCUUUCUUUGGACAACUGAAGUACCAGCCAGUGGCAUCAUGAAAAAGGAAAAGAUCGACUUUCAGUUCAGACUUAAGGAUAACCGUCCACCCUCCUACCUACCAAGAAUGAAAUACAAAAUGCCCAGUGCCCUGAAACAACUGAGAACUGAUGUUAAUGUUAUGACUCCCUGGUUUGCCCCAAUUGUCUGGGAUGGUACCUAUAAUUAUGAGAUCUUAAAUGAACAGUUUAAACAAGGCAACUAUUCAACAGGAGUAAUCAUCUUUGCAGUGAAGAAGUACACACGGUUCCUUGAAGAGUUUCUUACAACAGCUGAGCUCUACUUCAUGCUGGGACACUAUGUCCAUUACUACAUCUUUACCGACAGACCUAAAGAUAUUCCUAAUAUUAACCUGAAAACAAACCGAUUUCUUCAUAUCAUAAGAUCAGAAACUUAUGAACGCUGGCAGGAUAUUUUAUUUAAUAGGAUGAAAAACAUCCAGAUUCUGAUAGAAGAAUAUUUAUCUAAAGAGGUUGAUUACUUGGUUUCUACUGAUGUUGACAUGAAAUUUGAUGAACAUAUAGGAAUAGAGGUUCUGGGGAAUCUGGCUGCUACAAUUCACCCUGGCUACUAUUCUUCAGACCGUACUGACUUUCCAUAUGAGCGGAGGCAAACUUCUGAAGCCUAUAUUCCAAUGGAUGAAGGGGAUUUUUACUACUCAGCAGCGUUCUACGCUGGAACAGUUCAAGAAAUGUAUCUGCUUGCCAAAACUUGUGCUGAAGCCAUUGAGAAAGAUAAAGAAAAAGGUAUUGAGGCAGUGUGGCAUGAAGAAAGCCACUUCAACAAAUACUUGUUGUAUUAUAAACCCACCAAAGUACUUUCUCCUGAAUACACUUGGAAUUAUCCUGUGGAAAAUCUACAGGUUGUGAAGAAAAAACGGUUCAUUACUGUCCCAAAAAACAAUGAAGAAGUUCGAUAUUAGAGCAACGUAUUUUGGCCAGUAUUGAUGUUAAGGAAUAAUACUUGUUAAUUAGUUCAUCAGCUUAACAACCAGCAGGUAGAAAAACGUUUUUUUUUUAAGUUUAGGAAAACAAUCUGCAGCAACAGUCCAUUUAUCGAACGAAAUUAUGUAUUUUAUUAAAGGAUCGAGGUACUCUACAUAAAUAGGAAAGCAAAAAAAAAAAAAAAAAAUUCUAAUACCAAGGAUUGCAAUAAAGUCUCAACAAAGCUGUUAAAAUUAUAAAUUCACAUUGACAAUGGAAAAAAGCAAAGCUCAAGAUAUAAAUGUUGCUAUCCAAAUAAAGAACACAUAUUGUAACAACUUAGUUUUGACAGGAAAGAUGCAAUCAUGAUUUUUAGUAGUACAUAGAACUUCAGCUUUUCCCAUGCUGUACUAGUUUUAGGAAAAAGGUUUGGGGGAGUGAAGUGUUUUACAGAUUUGAAAGCUGAAAGAACAGUGCAGCCACAUGCACAGUGGCUAGAAACAAACUGUACCUCUGAUAGGCUAACAGCUUUAGAAGCUGUAAAAUACUUCAUCCUGGCAUUUUUGUGUGGCAGUGAGAAGUGCUUUGCAUCUUUCAAAAUUGUUUUAGAGUCUUUCAGCAGUUUUGUGUUAGCCACUGUGUAUGAUCUAGCAUGAGGAUAAAGCACAACAGAACUGAAAGGUGUACAUUACAAAAGUUAUGCACAGCUUUAACAUCAGAGAAGUACAUACUUUUUUUUCCAGAUUUUGGAGCAUAACCACUAUGCGCCAUAUGGCAGUUAGCACAAAGGACUAAGGCUCUGCGCUCUUAAUGAGCUGCUUCUUGUGGCUGGGGUACAGGGUUUGAGUCCUUCCACCUUCUUUUUCUCAACUUUACUCAUUGUUUAAAGUGCGCUUAUGAUUCUGUAUAUACUAUAUCCAGGGUUGUUACCACUGGUACUGUGUUGAGGAGGUUUCCCUGGCUACAUUCUCAAAACAUCCUAGAAUAUGUACAAAUGAAAUUUUAAAUUCAUCCUUUGAUAGAGAUUAAGUUUUUGGUCCCUCUGCUGCAAAGGUUAUCAAAAAAUGUGAUGAGAAGGGUAAGCUGAUACAGGGAAUCUCUCAGAUUUUCAGCCAUCCUUCUCAAAAUUUUCCAAGAGUUUUUCUGCUCCCUCGUCCAAUUCUGAAAAGGAACAAAAAAACAGUCUCAGCAAAAUGCUGAUAAUCAGACAUUUUAAAAAUCAGUGUCAGGGAGGUUUCAAAAGGAAAGCAGGAACCCCCCCCCCUCAAAUCAAAGGGCAAUUAACUAAGUCAGAAUUACUAUGUAAGGGACCUUGCCCCAGUACCACCCUGGCAGUCCCUUAACCCUUCCAGAAAGUCUGAACCUCCAUUUCUCUCUAUGGCAACAGAUUAUUUCAGCCAAAUGGGCUCUGAGACUGAUUCAGCAGUUUUACAGAUGGUAGCAGGAAGACAUACCUCCAUUCUAUGAGAACUAUUCCACAUAUACCACACCAAAGUCCUCUGUUUCCUCCCAUUCAACCGCACAUGCCCUUAGGGCAUAACAGAAAAAGUUUCUCCUUCCUGGUGGGAAAGAUUUCAUUUUUUUUUUUUAUUAUUUAAGAAUGUUUCUGGUGCCAGAAAUGCCUAGAAACUAGUUCUGGACCUUUCUUUCUUAAAUAGUUUAGGUUUAGGUUAGUGUCAGUUUUAAAAUGCUUCUAAUUUGAGUUUUAUGAGAACCUUAGGUUUAAAAGAUGCUUAACAUCACAUUACUAUCCAUCCAGACGUCAAACAUUUCUUAAGGUUUUAUGUGUCUGGAUCACAUUAUUAGUUCUGUGUAUUUCCCUUUGGGAUAUUCACUGCUCUAAAAGUGUUAACAAAGUGCCUAGCUCCACUUAUAGCCCAUUGCAGGCUACAGGGUACCCACAUUUCUUCAUAUUUAGAUAACUUGCUUAUCUUUGCAGAGUCUUUUCAAAAUGUCAGGAAUCUUUCAUUUGGGUUAGAAAUCUCCUAUGUAGGCUGGGAUUGCAAGAGAAAAUUCAGAAUUAUUUUCUGACUCCAUCAAACACAUGAUUGUGUUCCUUGAGUGCUAGACACCUCAGUACAAAGGGAUUUUCUUCCACAGGGAAAACACAUGUGCUAUAUAUGAUUUAUUCCAGGAUUUUUAACUCAGACUUCGGUGACUUUAAGGAAUACAGCAUGAUUCUGGGUCUCAUGACAUCUGUGAUUCUCAUGAUACCUCUGGCAAGACUCCAUAUAAACCAGGCAGAAAACAAACUGAAGAAAUACAGAUGAAACACAAAUGGAAGACCCAAGGAAACAAACUGCUGUGGAUAAAAUCCAUAAGAACUUUAAUCCCGUAGCCUUUUAAAAUAAAAACUUGUUUAAAACAAUGUAAGAUGUUUCAUUGUUUUAAACAAGUUUUUUUUUUUUAAAGGCUACUGGAAAGAUUAUAUGAGAAAGAUACAGCGGUAUCUGAAUUUUUCUGCUCCCAGCAUUAACACCCUUUAUGUUUUCAAAUACCAGUUCUGGGAUUUUUGAGAAAAGAAAUCACUUGGUGGAGACAACAAAUAUCCCUGAAUCUAUAUCUCCCCUUCUUUCCUCCUUCUCCAAAGCAGUCAGUCACCACAGACACCUCAAACUUUGUUUGGUGAGCAGUGUCAAGAGUGAUAAAUGUGCAAGGUGUCUUGGACAACAAAGACAGACAAGCACAUAAAUAUAAGAGAGAAAUGCUUGCCCUUCUCAUGGCACUCAACUCAUUGAAUCACCUUGGUUCACCAGGAACACUUCAAGUUAUUGUGAAGAAUACCAUAGUGAUAUGGUACAUAAACAAGCAAGGAGAAAACAGGUCUUACACCUUAUGCAGACUGGCCUUGUUAACAUGGGAUAUAGCAUUACAACAAAAUCUUACUAUAUAGGCAUCUUACAUUCCAUCAAAGCAAACUGUGUGAGAGACAAGCUGAGCAGUACAAAAGAAGACACUCACAAAUGGAAGCUAGACUGGGAGUUUUCCAAGUUUUGACCCAUCUGUGAGGAGUUCCUCAAGGAGAACUUUGUGGCUCCUCACUGAACAAUCAGCUGGCAAAAUUCUGCUCCAGCACUCCAUGCAAGAAGGCCUGAAGACAUAUACCUUUUUUUUCUUUGACAGGUAUGUUCCUGAAUGCUUUCCACCCUUUUGCUGAUACCGAGGGUACUUCUGAAGAUUCAGACUGAAUCCCUCAAGAUCAUUGUGGUGACUGUAUUCUUGUCCAGCCAGCAGUGGUUCUUCAUUCUUUUGGAAAUGGCCAGGUGCGAUUACCAAAAGCUUCCUCGCAGACUGGAUCUACUCACACAAGAUCAGGGGUGUUUUAUGGAUUCCAACCCCAAACAACCUUGACUGACCACCUGGAUGAUAGGGUAUUAAUACUUUUUAGGCACCUUUUACUGAGGAUGUGCAGUAGGUGCUAAUGGAAGCAAGAAAGCCAUCUACUAGAAAAUCAUAUAUUAGCUAAUAGAAAAGGUUUUCUAAUUGGUGCCACUGCCAACAACAUAUCCAGCACCUAUUCAGGGCUAGCGUUUCUCUACUUUUACAAUAUUUGCAUGAGUUACUUUGCUAUGACCUGUCUUAAUUCUCUGUUAAGGUUCAUUUGAUUUGAAUCUCAGCAUGUCUGCUCAUGAAUUCCCUUCUUUCAAGGCAUUCUCACUUCAAAAAUGUUUUUCAAAGGAGCUUUGCAUAAUAGACCUCAAAGAAAACUGGUGGCUCCUGCUUGGGAUCUUAAUUUUGUGUAUGGGAAGCUAACGCUUGCUCCACUUGAACCUGCUCAUCUAGCUGACUUGAGGUUCUGAACAUGGAAACAGUUUAUAUAGCAUUAUGAGCACAUACUCUGGGGUAUUUCGACACUUUUAUGAAUUGCAUGUCUCUGGUACAUAUUUUUUCAAGUAAGACCAUUACGCAAAUGGGGACCAUUUUAAGCAUUAGUCACACAUAUUUUUACUGUGCUGUUUUUUUUUUGAGGGUUAGUUUCAUUAAGUAAAUUAAUCCUAUUUGCAUUACAACACUCUUGUUAUGCUUUUAAUUUCAGGUCACCUAUAAAAUUGUAAGAUACAAUACAACAGUAAACAUUUAGAUGAAGAUAGUAAAAAGAAAGUCGCAGAAAAAACUGCAUACAUACCUAUAAGGAUAUCAUCAAAAUCAGACAUCCAUGCUCCCUCAUAUCUUAGAUUCAUAUAAGGUCAGGGUUCUCAUACACUUAUGGCUAUAAACUACAUUUCUCUAUGUUUACCACCAAACUGCAUAUAUAUUGAAUAUGUUUAAUGCCACAGUGUAUGUAUAUUGCUUAGAUCUAUCCUAACUAAUGUUUUGUCUCUAUAUGAAUACCCAAGUAGCAAUAUGCUUAACUCUCUGUUAUAUUGCUGUCAUUGUAACAAAUACUGUACUUCCCCUUUACCAUGAUGUUGCUGUUAUGCGUACUUAUCAUAAAUCCAUGUUCAUCAAAAUAUUCUCUAAUUGCAUGAGCUCUAUUGUUUAUUUUUGUCUUGUUUCAAUGCCAGCAUGAUCACCUGCGCAUUUAAAUCUCCACAUGAGGUAAACAAGCCACUGGAAAGUCCAAGUCUUUGUAAUUAUGUGCAAGCAACCUAAAUAUAUGUUGUUGCAGUUGUCAGGUAGGGCAUUUUAUUCUUCCACUCCCUCCCUAUCAAGCCUCCACAGCCAGAUUAUUUGCUUACCUCUUUGUUCUCCUUAGAGAGAGCAUAGUAUAUUCACUCUUGUUGAACUGAGAUUCAAGUAACUAAAGUAGAAAAAGAUGAGUCAUUGAUUGUUAAAGCACCAACUACUCCUGUGGUACAGAGAGAGGGAGAUUUUGAAUUGUAUUGCUGUUUGUGGAAGUGCAACUAGUUUUGAUAUGCAAUAUUUUAUUUCACAAUGGAUUACAUUCUGGCCUAGAAUGAUAAUUUAUGUCAUGAUUAAUAUUAUUAUUACUAUUAUUAUUAUUAUGGAUUAUCUUUUGCAUUUGGAAGUAGAUUAUAUAGUGAGAUGUUCUUCAAGAAAUAAUUAACACAUUUAAUGAUUUUAUUUAAACAUAUCUUUUCAUUGCUUUCAAAAAGUUAAUUCUUGGUCUAAAACUAGUGGUUCUGCAUUUCUCCCUGAGCUCCCACAUAAUGUGAAACUUCAAAGUG